AUGCGGGGGUUAUGAUUAAGACACCAACCGUCCAGAAGGCAGACUCUUGUGCUCCGUGCUGAUAAAGAUAUUGAUUCAACAGCGUAAAUGGUGAUGGCACUGGGUGUAAUACUGGUCAUUGUGGCAGAACUUUUACAAGUGGUACAUACGGAAGGCCUUGCUAAACCCAAUAUCAGCUGUAUUAUCUACAACCAGGAGUACACUAAGUGUAUGUGGAGUGAAGAUGAGGUGCCUCAAAUCAACUACACGUUCUUCAGCAAAUAUAUGAGACUUUUGCCGUAUUCUGAGUGUUCACAAUACAUCCAGAAGGAGGGACACAACACCGGCUGUAUACUGGAAUAUAACGAAAACCUGAAGUUCAACAAAUUCCGAGUAAAUCUGUCCUCUUCAGAAACCUUUGUCCAGUGGGAAGAAACAUUGGAACUGAAACAAAAAGUGCUAAUGAAUCCUCCUGUGAAUAUCAGCGUGACUACCGGCAGUGACAAUGACAUCAAUCUUACCUGGAACAUCCCUGUAACAUUAAAAAAAGGAUGUUUGCUAUCACAAGUGAAAUAUAAAAACAACAAGGACGUGCAAUGGCAGUUUUCUCCUGAAAUAAUGAAACAAACUCAGUUUAACUUGCCAUUUGCUGAUGAAUCUCUCCUGUAUGAGUUUUACGUGAAGAUUACAGUGAAUACCAAUUGUGGAGGUUCUAACUACUGGAGUGACUGGAGUAAGCCAGUCUACUGGGGCAGCAACAAAUCAGAAUCACUCCAUCCCACAGAGGUUACUUCAUUUUUCCAUGGAUAUGUUUUCAGAGCCAUAAUUUGUCCAGUCAUGGGCUCUGCAAUCCUUUUGUUCCUUGUGUGUAUGCUUGCACAGAAUGAACGAUUAAGAAUCAUUCUGGUACCAGUCAUUCCGAAUCCAGGAAAGAACUUUGAGGACCUGUUUGGUCCAUACAAUGGCAAUUUUCAGGAGUGGAUGCACAUUUCCAAGGACGUUGUGGAGGGUUUUAAACCCAACUAUACAGAGCCAGUAUGGCCAGUGAUGGAAAGGAUGGAGAGUUCUCAUGAAAUGUCUCCUGAGAAUAGAAGAACAUGCAAUGAGUCCCAAGGGUCUGACUGCGUACUCCUGAUAGACAAUGAUGAAGAUGAUAGUAUGUCGACUUCAAGCAGUUCAACAAGCUCCACUCUGCCUGCUCCUCCUUAUGAUGAUCCUCUUUUUGGGGAUAAAGAGUCAAUGUAACUAGACACCUACCUUAAUGCUCAAUGUCAGCCUACAGCCUAGUAGCUAGUCAUAUAAAUGUAAGUAGUACUGUGAUAAGUGUGAAAAAAAUCUGUUAAAAUCCAUAUAAAGUGCUUUAUUAGUGCAAAAACAAAAUGAACGUUUAAGGCAAGUUUCCGAGAUAAAGAGUGUAAUAAGCUUUUCUGCUCUGUGAUUAGCUAAGAAUUGUGAAGGUAAUUUGCCUUUGUCAUUUAAAUGUUAAAAAAUGUGUCAUUUUUAAAACAUUAUUUUGUAAGAGAAUUUAUGUACUAAUAUAACCAAUGCUAAAUGUAAUGUGAAAAACAGCAAGUGGUGAGACUUCUGUGGUUAUUUGUUUAUUCAUCUAUUACUAACUUACUUAAGAAAAUUACAUUUUUCAGCAUCGACAAUUGAAAUGCAGACUCCAAAGUGUUUCAUGCGAGAGUCCACAUAAGUGUUCACUCAUUUAGUCUCACACUGGGUCAGCGUCAAGUCUUUGUGUGACUAAUGGCACGUCUUUGGACUAUGGGAGGAAAUCUACAUGAAUACAAAGACAAUAUGUCAAUGAAAGCUGUGUAAUGCUAACAAUCUGACUAUCCAACCAUCCAAGUAUCCAUUCUUUUUUUCCACUACAGCGUUAACAAGGAGACAGAGUUUAGGCUGGUAGCAUCAGCAGAGACCAGCUCUGGACAGGACAUUUGGUAGGCAUACUCGCUCACUCAUAAUUUUGGGAUAUAGGGAAGAAACCAAAGUAACUGGAGAAAAAGUGUUUAAACUUGGGGAGAACAUUUAAAAUUUACACAGACAGUGAAAAAGCUAGGAAGUGGACCCAGGUCCUUUGAACUCAGAGGUGGCAACAUUAAAUAUUCUGCCACUGUGCCACCCGAUCUACUUAUAAUAAAGUAUGGUGCUCAUUCCUGUACACCCGAAUAACAAAAAAAAAACAUCUUUGAAGAUGUAUGGAUAGAGGAUACAUG